ACUCAAGGUUGUCCUUGGUUCUUUAUAUACUGCAUGUAACAGUUGCAGAGUAUGGAGCCAAAAACCAACCAGAGAAAAUCACCAGUUUUUCCCUGUUUCCGGUCCUCGUUUCUGAUUCAUGGAAUGCAUUCUCUUUCCACGCCUCAUCAUCAGCUCAAGGGUUCACUAUGGAUUUUUGGCUGCCCCUCAGAGUACAGGCAUUGGGGUGAUCAGGAAGCAAUGGUUUAACACGAGUUGCUGGGCACUAGGAUUGUCCGGAACUGGUGCCGGAAACGUAUCGGAUGAAAGUUCUCUCAGGGGAAGUGAAAAUGGUUCCCCGUUGGCUGCCAUUGGCCAGUCUGCUUCAGCUCCGUUCAAGACAAUUGAUGCUGAGAUUACCCAGGAAACCAUCGAUUUCUUCGUAAGUGAUGCUGAGGGUGAUCCUGACUGCCCUUCUGAGGGGUAUUCUUCGAUCGAGCAGGCGCUAAAUUCUCUCCGGCAGGGGAAGUUUGUGAUAGUUGUAGAUGAUGAAAAUGGAGACAUCGAAGGGAACCUUGUCAUGGCAGCCUCUCUCGUAACUCCUCAAGAUGUGGCAUUUAUGGUGAAGCACGGUUCAGGAAUAGUCUCUGUCGGAAUGAAGGAGGAGGAUCUCGAGAGACUGAAACUUCCUCUCAUGUCCCCGGAAAACGAAGAUGCAGAUUCUUUUGCUCCAACAUUCACGAUAACUGUGGAUGCAAAAGUCGGAACCUCAACAGGGGUUUCUGCUAAUGAUAGAGCAAAGACCGUGCUCGCCCUUUCGUCUCCCGACUCGAAGUCAAAGGACUUUAGAAGGCCAGGCCAUGUGUUUCCCCUCAAGUACCGGAACGGCGGAGUUCUAAGGAGAGCAGGCCACACUGAGGCUUCCAUCGACUUAGUCGUGCUUGUGGGCCUUAGACCAGUAUCUAUUCUUACAGCUAUCCUCGAGCCAGAGGAUGGGUCAAUGGCCACGUUAUCAAACUUAAGAAAGCUCGCCUUAGAGAAUGGCCUUCCGUUAGUUUCAAUAACUGAUUUGAUCAGAUAUCGGAGAAAGAGAGAAAAACUGGUCGAAAGAACGGCUAUAUCACAGUUGCCUACUACAUGGGGAUUAUUUCAGGCGUACUGCUACCGCUCAAAGCUCGAUGGCACAGAACACAUAGCUAUCGUAAAAGGUGACAUUGGCAACGGGGAAAAUGUGCUUGUAAGGGUUCAUUCAGAAUGUCUGACCGGCGAUAUAUUCGGCUCAGCUCGUUGUGAUUGUGGGAAUCAGUUAGAUUUGGCGAUGCAAUUAAUCGAGCAAGCGGGUCGAGGAGCCAUUGUUUAUCUCCGGGGCCAUGAAGGCAGAGGGAUUGGUCUUGGCCACAAGCUGCAGGCCUAUAACCUGCAAGAUCAAGGCCACGAUACUGUCCAGGCAAAUAUUGAACUUGGAUUAGCUGUCGAUGCCCGUGAGUAUGGUAUUGGUGCUCAGAUACUGAGGGACGUUGGAGUUCGAACGAUGAGGCUGAUGACGAACAAUCCAGCCAAGUUCACUGGUUUAAAGGGCUAUGGUUUGGCCGUUAUCGGCCGGGUUCCAGUACUGACGCCAAUAACAGAGGAGAACAAGAGAUACUUGGAAGCAAAAAGGACCAAAAUGGGCCACAUAUAUGGGUCCGACAUCCAAGGUCCAAUUACGGGAUUGAUCAAACCGGAUGGAAAAAGUAAGGACGAGCCACCCAAAAUCUCGUGAAGGUUAUUACAUAUGGCAUUGCUUCCGCAGCCGCGAGAUAGUUUGUACCUGAAAAGAGUGAAGAGAUGCUCAAAAUCGAGAAUCGCUUUGAUUCCUUGGGGGGGGGGGGGGGGGGGGGGUUGGGCGAGCCAAUCCAAACACGGGAUCGGAGAUGGUUGAUUGGUCCAUUCAUGUGUACACAAAUUAUACAAUUCCUUUAUAGGGUCACCAUUGAUGUGAUCCAAGUUGUUGUCCUUUGACACAAAUUGCACUGCUGGGGAUAAAUGCUCAAUUGUAUAUCUGAGGUUAUCUUCAA